UCGUGCCGCAUACUCUCUCGUGUCCUUCUCCUGGAGUAAUCCUCUGUCCUUUCUCGUGUACUACAAUUGAAUUUCCAUUUCUUUUGUUUGCUUCUCUUGGAGUAAGGUGGACCCUCGUGUUACUGUUUUUAUUUGAUCUUUGCUCUUACUUGUAGUUUUUACCUUUGUGGUCCCUGAUGGCUUCGCACAGUGAUACUCUGGUGGUGUUCUUUGGGGCAACAGCUGGUGCAAAUGGGGGUAAACUGGGGUCGGAUGAAAGGGAAUUAAUUCUCUUGGUGUGGCAAAUUGUGGAUCUACGUGAGAAGAAGGUGGGCAAACUUCAUCGGCGUCUAGUGAAGCCAGACAGUGUGGAUCUCACCGAUCAAUGUAAGGAGGAAACCAGACUCACAGCAGAGGAGCUGUGUAAAGCAGAGCCGCUGGAGGACAUCCUACAGCAGUUUCAUCAGUCAGUAUCAGCUGAACUCAAAUCUUUGGGCAGAAGCUCAUACACGCUGUGUGUAGACGGCCCACUGCUUAUUCGACAGGUGCUGCACCCUGAGGCCUCCAAAAAGAAUCUGGUCUUGCCGGAGUGUUUCUUCUCGUUUGUGGACUUGAAGAAAGAGUUUCACAAAUGCUGCCCGAAUGCAGGUCCUGUCAAAGAUCUCACUCUGCUCUCCAUGCUGGACUAUGUUUGUGUUUCCACGGUGAUGGAUCAGGAGGCAGGAGCGAUGGAGGUGAAGAACAUGGUACUGCUAUUGCUACACCUCCUGGCUGAGCCUUACAAUCACAAAUUCUCAGAUUUUGAGGUUGUCAACUACAAGUUUGAAUCUGGAGCGUGCAGUAAAACAGAAGCUGUGGACAGCGAGACGGUCAUCAGAGCUCGUGGGUUGCCAUGGCAGUCGUCUGAUCAGGACAUUGCUCGCUUCUUCAAGGGCCUCAAUAUUGCCAAAGGAGGCGUCGCGUUGUGUCUGAACGCUCAGGGCAGGAGGAACGGAGAAGCUCUGGUGCGCUUCAUAAACUCUGAGCACAGAGAUAUGGCACUGGACAGACAUAAACACCACAUGGGCAACAGAUACAUUGAAGUAUAUAAAGCCACAGGAGAGGAAUUUUUGAAAAUAGCUGGAGGGACGUCCAAUGAGGUCGCUCAGUUUCUUUCAAAGGAGAACCAGGUGAUUAUUCGAAUGCGGGGGCUUCCCUUCACUGCCACUCCCCAGGACGUUCUGGGCUUUCUGGGUCCAGAGAGCCCUGUGACGGAUGGAAUGGAGGGGCUUCUCUUUGUAAAGUACCCGGAUGGACGUCCCACGGGUGAUGCAUUCGUUCUCUUUGCCUGUGAGGAAUAUGCCCAAAAUGCCCUUAAGAAGCACAAACAAAUCCUGGGCAAGAGAUACAUCGAGUUGUUUCGGAGCACCGCAGCAGAGGUCCAACAGGUAUUGAACCGCUACAUGUCCACUCCACUCAUCUCCACUCUUCCUCCUCCUCCUCCCAUUGUGUCUCUGCCUGUACUGGCCACACCUCCCUUCAUCGCCACAGGCAGCACACGAGACUGCAUCAGGCUGAGAGGUCUACCCUACACUGCUGCCAUCGAAGAUAUACUGGAUUUUAUGGGGGAACACACCAUUGACAUCAAACCACACGGAGUGCACAUGGUCCUUAAUCAACAGGGUCGUCCAUCCGGCGACGCCUUUAUUCAGAUGAAGUCGGCCGACCGUGCUUUUAUGGUGGCUCAGAAGUGUCAUAAGAAGAUGAUGAAGGACCGUUACGUAGAGGUGUUCCAGUGUUCAACCGAGGAGAUGAGCUUCGUGCUGAUGGGGGGGACUCUGAACCGCAGCGGCCUGUCACCACCUCCCUGCAAACUGCCCUGUCUCUCUCCACCAACCUACGCUGCUUUUCCUGCCACUACAGCUAUGCUUCCCACUGAGGCGGCGUUGUAUCAGCCCCCCCUGCUGGCCACUCCAAGAACUCCACAGCCCCCAACACACAGCCCUGGACCCACUUUAGCCUAUUAUUCACCACAUCCACAGCUUUACAUGAAUAUGAAUAUGAACUACACAGCCUACUACCCUAGUCCACCGGUCUCUCCCUCAACCGUGAGUUAUUUCGCGGCCCCUCCUGGUUCAGUGGCAACCAUGGCCGCUCAGCCGGCCCCUACCAUCCUGUCCCCUCAGCAUGGAGCGCUGGUGCGAAUGCAAGGCCUGCCAUACAAUGCCGGGGUCAAAGACAUCCUCAGCUUCUUUCAGGGCUAUCAGCUCCAGGCGGACUCUGUGCUCGUGCUGUAUAACUGGAGUGGUCAGCGUAGCGGGGAGGCACUUGUGACCUUCCCCAGUGAGAAGGCGGCGAGGCAGGCUGUUGCCGAACGCUCCAAUCUUCCCCUUUCCGGCCACCCUAUCCGCCUGGUCUGCUGUGAGUGACCAAACACGGACCGCUACACCCAUCGAGGAAGGACCGCACUUGAUCUCUCACCCCUUUCUCCCUCAUGACCUGUCUUUGGCAGACAGUCCUUCUGUUUCUGAUGCAAAGCAGUAGGGGACCUGACACUAUGUAUAUAUGUUUAUAUACACGCAAGCAUAACAUCCAAGUUACAGUGCCUUGCUGCUUGUGUACAUGGGAGUUUAUAUGUGUGUGCGUGAGAAAUAGAGAGCGAUUGCAUGCAUACUUAACUUGUUCCUUUAUGUCUUUUGAUGUGAAGAAAUCUUUUAUCCUGUUUCAGGCCACAUUGUAACAUUGCAACAUCAGCAGAAGCUCUUGUGUAUUAAUAUUUCUGAAGCACUAGGCUGUGUAGUAUACUAACGUUAGGCCUUUGCCUUGCACUAGGAAACCAAAACGCAAUGCAAUACUUCAUAUUGCCAUUACAGAAAAAAAAAAAACGGAUUGUUGUAAGAUACGUUGGAAGUGCAGUGUGAUUGUAAGAAGACAAAUAUUUGCUUUAAAUACUCCAGGGCUGUUAUGCUGCAUACAACCUAAAGAGGGCAUAAUGGUUGAAACAACCUUCUUUAUUUAAUAGAGCUCAGACCAAGUGUGUACUCCGUAGACUUGCAUGAACUGAUUUUUAGUUUAAUCCAGUCAAAAGGGACCUUUUUUAUUUAAAGUAAAGAGAAAUGAGUUGUUUGUGUGAUCUGCAUGCUUUCAUGCUUGUUUAUAGAAAGGAGAUGUGUAUUCUGUUGCCCCCAUUAGAGAUGUGCAGUCUGAACUAUGCCAUGGUCUCACCUUGUUUUGGACUUGCAGUCUACUUCGGUUGUUUUCUACUGAUAGCAGGCUGCUAGAAUCAAAGUCUUUUUCUUUCAUGACUACAUUACCCAGAGUGCAAUACAGGCUGGACAAACGGGCACACCUCUCUAGUAAAAGAGGGGGCAUUUUUUGUUGUUUUCCUUUUUCUGAAAUAUGUAUGUAUGUGUAAAUGUGACUCUUAUAUGCAACAAAUAAAUUGAUAUUGCGCUGACAUAAGCGUGUCAAAUCAAA